AUGAUCAAAUUUGAUCGACAAAAAAACGAAGAAACUAGAACGACUUCAAUAGAAAAAUUCGCCAUUACAAACGUCCUUGUUUUCGAUGGCGAAGCGGUCAGGGGUCCGGAAACUGUAGUCGUCGAGAAUGGGACCAUUGGAACCAAGUCCGACGGUGCUACAAUUGUGGAUGGUACCGGUUGUAUGGUGUUACCGGGGCUCAUCGACACACAUGUUCAUAUCGUCGACGAAACUGAGUUGCAGAACUGUGCGAGGUAUGGCGUCACGACAGCAUGCGACUUGGGUGCAUAUCCAAAAAAUCUCUUUGAGAAACUGAAAAAAGUCAAUUGGCCAACGGAAUACCUUUCCUCGGGGCUUGCAGCCUUCCCUCCUCAGAGCUUACACGCCCAAUUCCACUCGAACUUGGACAAAGACAUGUCCCUGAGGCCAGAGCAUCGCGUCGCGGACUGGGUCGAAGCUAGGGUAUCUGAAUGCGUUGAUUUCAUCAAGAUUAUCGCCGACGAACCGGGAUUUGAUCAAGCGGUUCUCAAUGAACUAGGCCGAUAUUCUAGAGCCAAAGGCAAAGUAACAAUUGCUCAUGCCACGAAUUACACAGCUUACGAGAGAGGAGUGGCUGCCGACUACGAUAUCUUGACACACGUCCCUCUAGAAAGACCAGUUGAUUCCGUAAUGGUAGAUAAGAUGCUCGCACAAGGGACAGUAUCCUCUCCAACAUUGGUGAUGAUGAAGCUUAUGGUGGGAAGCGAGCACUUCAAACUCCCCGGCGCAGACUAUCAAAACUGCCUGAGAGGGGUCAAAGAAAUGUAUAAGGCUGGUGUUCCCAUCCUCGCUGGCACCGAUUCAAAUCUUUUGAACAUGCCAGUUCACCAUGGGGCGAGCAUCCAUGACGAACUGGACCUUCUCGUCACAGCUGGACUGGAUCCUACAGAUGCGCUUAGAGGCGCUACGUCAUUAGCAGCGAAGCACUUUGGGCUACAUGAUCGAGGCAGAAUUGUGCCUGGGUUCAAGGCAGAUUUAAUCCUGGUUGAAGGAAAUCCAACUGUAAAUAUCAAAGAUACUACGAAGAUUAGGAAAGUGUGGAAGGACGGGACGGAAAUACCACACUCUGGAACAGGAGACCACAUAGCAUGA